CCUGAAAAGAUACCAAGGCAAAGGAAAACAUAGUGUUUGUCUGCAUAGAACUUUUGAUGGAACGCUUGUGUUACGAAAUAAUUUGAUAAAACCUUUUAUCAACCUAUUUGAAAAAGAAUUCAAGGCCUGCCUCGUCCGAAGGAAACAACACCAAGACCAGAUCAUCAAUAUUUGCUAUCCUGACAAAACCUCUGAUCUAUAUCUAGACUAUUUGGAAAAUUGUGAUGAGCAAGGAGAAAAUUGCUUAAGGUUUCCGACAGACGGUAUAGAGAUGAAGCUUAAGUUUCACAAUACACAAAAAAGUGAAAGAAUUAUUAGAAUGAGACAAAAAAUAAUAAAGGUUAUUGAUCUUUUACGACAAAGAACUCUUAAUCAUUUAACCUUUAUCACAAGCGGAAGUUUAGCAGAAGGGUUAGACCUGCCAGGUAGUGAUAGAGAUGCUAUGAUUGUUGACAAUACUGUUAUUAUUGUGCAAAAUUUGAAAAAAAUCUAUUUUCAUUCACAGAAAUUGACAUUAUUUAUGGAAAAGGAUAAUCAACAUUAUGGAUUUACUAAAUUGAAAUUGAUAACGGCCAAUGGUAAUGUUUACGCCACAAGCUUCUUUUUAAAAACAGACAAUGGAGUUUAUUUAUCAAAUCGUCGAUAUCUUAAUCACUUUUUGAACGAACAUUCAGUGUAUGGGUUAUUAAUACAUGGUCCGUGUGUGUCUGAUAAACAGAUGGUGCAAGAUAUAGCCUUCUGUUUUCAAUUGCACGAAUGGCCUUCCGUAGCCAAAGGCUGGAUCUAUCGGCAUAGACCAAGACAGUGGCCAGGUGGAACGUUGAUUGACAGCAUAAUUAGUGAUGGAUGUUUACUUGUACCUAUUGGCCCAAAAUAUGUUGACAAUGAACAUGAUGAAUUAUUCUGGAGAAUAUCAUUUUCAUUAGCAGAAAAGAAGCUAGUUCACAGUUUCAAUUAUACUCAGUUUAUGUGUUACACUGCCAUGAAAUUUUUAUUGAAAACAAUAAUAGACAAAAACGAGGCUACAAACGAAUUAUUAUGUUCGUAUUUUUUGAAGACUUCAUUGUUCUGGGUAUCGGAAGAAUGUUCUAAAGAUCAAUUUCAAGUAUACAAAAUCGCACAAUGCUUAAAGCUAUGUCUUGAUAAACUUAUUGAAUGGGUUUAUAAAUGUUAUUGCCCUAACUAUUUUAUUCCGGAACAAAAUAUGUUUAAAGGAAAAAUUACCGUUUCAAACAAUAUACAGCUUUUAGAGAUACUUAUAAAGAUUAGAGAUGAGAGUUUGGAAAUCAUACUUAGUGAAUUUUUAAAUUGGACAAUUGCCACAAACUCUGUUUGUCAGAUUUCAACAUUGGAACUCAUGUUUUUAAAGGUUGAUCGGGAGCCUAGAAUUAUGGAUAUCAACGACGGUUUUGAAAGUUUAAUAAGAAUUAACAACCUGCUGAUGUUUGAAUCCUCAAAUUUUAUUCGCGGAAUUUGUAAGUUUUAUCAUAGUGUCACAAGCCAACAUACCGUACAGUCUUUUCCUUUGUCUGAAGUAUUAUUGGGAACUAAUCAUGAGCGUUGUCCUCGUCAUAAGAUAUUUUCUUAUAAAUCAAACAAAACUCAUUAUUAUCUUCGUCGUAAAAUGUUACUAGAUGGUACGAAAUCAGAUGCAGUGUCUGGUUGGUUGUUUUAUGCAUCAUAUUAUUACUUAAGAGAACAAUAUACCGCAGCUUUGAAAAUUGUGGAUUAUGUUCUAAGUCGGUGUGAACCUGGAAUGUUAUCUUUAUUAGUGAGCUCUUAUAAUUCCCAGCAGACUAGUAAUUACAAAAAUAUUGCUGCAUGUAACAGUUUGACAUUGAAUGACCGGAUGAAAUUAUUAACUUAUUCGAAUAUAAACUAUGUUAAAAACUCUGCAUUGAUACCAACAGAAUUACAAUACGAGGUACAGAAACGGAGCUUAAUAGUUCCACCUGUAGUGAUGUCACACUGUUUGCGUUUUUUCUGCUACCAUCAUUUACAUGAUAUUUACAACAGACAACAGUCUUUACAAGAUCUACUAGUUACAAUAGAGAACAGAUAUUUCGUUGUAGAAAAUUUGCUCUCCCCCUCCUAUACAUUAUUAGGAACUUGUUAUCAGAUCUCUGGAGACCAGCAAUCGGCCCAGCGAUGUUAUGAGAAGGCAUUAUGUAGUGGAGGUUUUAUUUGUGAAAGUGCAGGAUCCAGACUGGCAAAUCUUAUAUCAAAUGUGUAGUGUAAUAUAUGAUUCACCUGCACGACACGUGAUCAUAGAUUCUAAUGCAACAUUGUUUCUUACGCUCAUUUUGUUGGAUAACGUCACCAAUUUUCAUGAUAUCAAUUCGCAAAUGAAGUUAUGAAAGCGUACGUGCAAGUGCAGACGACGUAUAGCAGAUUUUAAAUGUAUGAUUUGACGUCGUUUUCUGUCAGUUUGAUUAGAAUAGAGAUAACAAUUUUGUAUUUUAAGGUGCUAAAUGUACAUGUACAAUCAAUACACAAUUGUAUAAGCUAAAGAGAUGAUCUGUAGAGCCAAGCACAAAACAAACAUAAUUGCCUUUGUUAGUUAUAAAAAUCAUCAUACUUUAUAAAUUGUAUUAUCUAAAAGUUAUACACUGUCAACCUUUCGGAUUACAGAAAAAUGUACCAAAAAUAAAUGCAACCACACAAAAAUCAUUAUGUGAAAUACAUGAAAUAUAUAAAAAGUAAACUUAAAAACACCCAAGGAAAUAUUUUAUCAAAUGGCAAAAUCAAAAGCUUAAACAC